ACCCAAUAAGAUAAGCUUAAAUAUUUGGAAUUUCUUUUAUGUAAAUGGAUUACAACGCUGUCUCUGAACCCAGUUAAUUUCAUCUCUUUUUCGUAUAUGGGUUUCUUUCUUGGUGGGUCUGAAAAUAUAAACCCAAGCUCAGUUGUUAGAAGUAAGCACUGAAGCCUAGCCCAAGUCUCUCUUGCCCUACCCAUUUGAGGCCCUUCAUCUUCUAGCACGUGGAACUGCCAAGAUAUUAGUUUUGAUUCAGAAGACGAUUAGAGAAAAGAGAUCGAUUGUCCUCACCACUCUCUGAUCGCAAAUGAUUCGCAAACGCUAUCAGGAUGUCAAAGCAGGGUACCAAUUGGCCAAAUCGUUGAACGCUCAGAAGUACUUGAAGAAGAUAGGACUGGGCAAGGAAGACUACUACUUCUGGAAACAAAUAGGCAAGGCUUUGCUAUGCACAUAUACUCUUUUCGGCGUAGCGUGGCUCUACAACGAGAAAUCACCACUCGGCUGGUGGACGCUGAAGCCUAAGCCCAAGGAAGAGAGGGAGCUGGCGCACCUGUACGAGCGUCGACAGUUCCCCUACCCGGGCGACGAAGAAGCCAUGGAAGAGUUUGUUGCCAAGGGGGGAAUGAUCGGCACGACAAUUGGCCCUAAAGGGUUCGUUGAGACGGACAAAGAUGCGUUUAAUUAUCAGAAGGAGUUGCAGAAUAAGAAGCUGGAUCAGGAAGCUCAGAAGCUGUGGUUGAGGAUGAAGAAUGAGGUCAUUCAGGAGCUUCAAGAGAAGGGCUACGUAGGUGACGCUGAGUGAGUGUAAGUUAGGAUGGUAAGCUCUGGGUGCAAAUUGUAUGGUUAUGCGAAAGAGUUCAUAUGUUUGUGUGCAAAAGCUUGUUCCUUUCGUUUCAUGUUUUUACUUAAAAAAAUACAAUUAUCAAAAGUACUAGUGUCUUUCUUAGUUCCCAGUUCC